AUUGUCAUCAAUGUUAUGUCACGGAGUUCCAUAUGAGUCGUUACUCCAACUGUAGGCCGCAAAAGGUAAAUUGUAGACAUUACUACAUUUAUUCCAAUAAGCACAUCGACACGUCAGUUUACCUCUCGUGAAGUUGUGCCUUCCUUUGCAACGUAUGCUCCACUGUUUCCCAGUUGUAUUGCUUACUAACCGGCUAAACAAUGUUUGCGGUUCUAAUUAAUGCAUUGGAUAACACCUGAGAGCAGGUGUUGUCAGCGAAGACCCUCUCAAAACAACUAUUUUGUUCCAUCUGAUAUAUGUUGCCGGUGUAUUGCCAUUUACAGUAAAACUGCACACAACCGAAUGACUGCCUUUGGCCCUUAACGUAAUUUGUCAUCAUGCCUUUGCACGUGCACUGUCCUUACUUAUGAAACUACAGUAGCUAGCUAGCUGUAUUUAGGCUAUUGCUGUAUUCAGCUAGGCCUAUAUGCUCAACUGGAUCCAAGUGAAAACUGUCACUAACUGUACAAGCAAGUAUUUAUUUCAAGAAAGUAUGUUUCCCUUGUCUCUGAGUCUCCUGACGGGUUUGGUGGAGAUAGAAAGGGACUGUCAUGAUGUCAUUAUCUUAUCAGGGGCGACCACCCAGACCCAACCCUCCUUCUCCACUUAGAUUAGAGGGAGACAGGCUACAACUCUCUGAGUCAGUCAUCUAUUUGAUGAGUGAGACACUGUCAUUGUUUUAGUCAUGGCUUUUUGUAGCUAACUAAACUCAACUCCAUGGUGAAUGAAGUUUCUGAUUAACUCCACCAACAGAGUUGAGCAGGGACCAGGCUAUGUGGAAUUCAGCUCCGACUACAUCGAUUCACCCAAGGUCAAUACUUAAAAAAAUAAAAAAUUAUAUAACGCUUACCUUGUACCUAUGUUUGUCGUCUGUAGGUGUGUGCCUUUCUUUUUUUUUAUGUUGGUCAAAUACAACCACAGACCAUUUCCACAUUUUCUAUUGCUCUAAGAUUGUUCUAAAACUUACAUUACCUUGUAUAAUCUGAGAUUCAAUUGGCACAUGAGAUACCAUUUUAGAGCAACAGAAACAAGGAAACGGUCGGUGGUUGUAUUUGACGAACGUUUAAUGAAAAAGUAUGGAUUUCAGCAAACAAAGGCACUCAACUACAGAGGACAUGCAUAGGUACAAGGUGUUGAACAAUUUUACAUUUUUAGAAGAAUCGAUGUAGUCAUAGCUGAAUUCCACAAACCCUCAUCACUGCUUCACCCCUUGGGGAAGAUAAUCUUCAAAAACAUACUUCAUCAUUGGGUCAAGUAGGCUUGGCUAGGCCUCUUGACAGUUACCGGUCUGACAGUGUGCAGCUGUCCUUGUUUCCUCCCACUUUAACCAAAGCUAAGCUUGGUCCCUUCACUGAAGUUUCUACUAACAUUACUUGGCUUGCCCAGUUGCUCUUAAUGCCAUGCAUACAUUGAUGCUUGAGGGAUUUGUGUGGUACAGAAAACACACUACAGCCCUGUUAUGUCCCAUUCCACAGAGCUGGGCAUCCUAGGGCUGAAUGCAGAAGACAGUGGCUGUCCUGGGAGGGGGGAUAGGGGGCCUGUCUGCCUGCUUCCACCUCAGCAAGUGCCCCCAGGUCUCCAAGGUAAAUGCCAUUACCACAACUACCUCCACAUAUGCUGCAGGUACGCUACAUCUCUACUGUAAGGCCAAACAUACUGUAAUUAAGCUGUUAUUACACUAUUAUGAGAUGCCCACUAGGCCCUGCACAGUAACAACAUUAGAUGAAUACAGUUGAAGUCAGAAGUUUACAUACACUUAGGUUGGAGUCAUUAAAACUUGUUUUUCAACCACUCCACAAAUGUCUAGUUAACAAACUAUAGUUUUGGCAAGUCGGUUAGGAUAUCUACUUUGUGCAUGACACAAGUAAUUUUUCCAACAAUUGUUUACAGACAGAUUAUUUCACUUAUAAUUCACUGUAUCACAAUUCUAGAGGGUCAGAAGUUUACAUACACUAAGUUGACUGUGCCUUUAAACAGCUUGGAAAAUUCCAGAAAAUGAUGUCAUGGCUUUAGAAGCUUCUGAUAGGCUAAUUGACAUCAUUUGAGUCAAUUGGUGGUGUACCUGUGGAUGUAUUUCAAGGCCUACCUUCAAACUCAGUGCCUCUUUGCUUGACAUCAUGGGAAAAUCAAAAGAAAUCGGCCAAGACCUCAGAAAAACAAUUGUAGACCUCCACAAGUCUGGUUCAUCCUUGGGAGCAAUUUCCAAAUGCCUGAAGGUACCACGUUCAUCUGUACAAACAAUAGUACCCAAGUAUAAACACCAUGGGACCACGCAGCCGUCAUACCGCUCAGGAAGGAGACACGUUCUGUCUCCUAGAGAUGAACGUACUUUGGUGCGAAAAGUGCAAAUCAAUUCCAGAACAACAGCAAAGGACCUUGUGAAGAUGCUGUAGGAAACAGGUACAAAUUUAUCUAUAUCCAUGGUAAAACGAGUCCUAUAUCGAUAUAACCUGAAAGGCCGCUCAGCAAGGAAGAAGCCACUGCUCCAAAACCGCCAUAAAAAAGCCAGAUUACGGUUUACAACUGCACAGGGGGACAAAGAUCGUACUUUUUGGAGAAAUGUCCUCUGGUCUGAUUAAACAAAAAUAGAACUGUUUGGCCAUAAUGACCAUCGUUAUGUUUGGAGGAAAAAGGGGGGUGGCUUGCAAGCCAAAGAACACCAUCCCAACCGUGAAGCACUGGGGUGGCGGCAUCAUGCUGUGGGGGUGCUUUGCUGCAGGAGGGACUGGUGCACUUCACAAAAUAGAUGGCAUCAUGAGGAAGGAAAAUGAUGUGGAUAUAUUGAAGCAACAUCUCAAGACAUCAGUCAGGAAGUUAAAGCUUGGUCGCAAAUGGGUCUUCCAAAUGGACAAUGACCCCAAGCAUACUUCCAAAGUUGUGCCAAAAUGGCUUAAGGACAACAAAGUCAAGGUAUUGGAGUGGCCAUCACAAAGCCCUGACCUCAACCCUAUAGAACAUUUGUGGGCAGAACUGAAAAGGCGUGUGCGAGCAAGGAUGCCUACAAACCUGACUCAGUUACACCAGCUCUGUCAGGAGGAAAGGGCCAAAAUUCACCCAACUUAUUGUGGGAAGCUUUUGGAAGGCUACCCGAAACAUUUGGCCCAAGUUAAACAAUGUAAAGGCAAUGCUACCAAACACUAAUUGAGUGUAUGUAAACGUCUGACCCACUGGGAAUGUGAUGAAAGAAAUAAAAGCUGAAAUAAAUCAUUCUCUCUACUAUUAUUCUGACAUUUCACAUUCUGAAAAUAAAGUGGUGUUCCUAACCUACCUAAGACAGGGCAUUUUUACAUUUUAGUCAUUUAGCAGACGCUCUUAUCCAAAGCGACUUACAGUUAGUGAGUGCAUACAUCUUCUUCCCCCCCCCCCUGUAUGUCUGUCUGUCUGUCUGUGUAGAUAGUGCUGCUGGAGGGGGAUGGACGGUUCGGAGGCUGGCUGAGCUCAACUCGUAGGGAGGAUGGAGCUGUGUUUGAACAUGGACCUAGAGGGAUACGACCUGCAGGAGCCGUGGGCCGAAACACACUCAACAUGGUAGGCACUGUAAAGAGUUUGUGUGUCGUGUGUGUGAGUGUGUGUGUGUGUGUGUGUGUGUGUGUGUAGGUAAAAACCGAAGUCUAUUUUCUACAGGUGGAAGAGUUGGGGCUGGAGAACGAGGUCCUCCCAGUCACCUAUGAUCAUGUGGCCUCUAAGAACCGUUACCUCUACAUGGGAGGCCAGCUACACAAGAUGCCUUCUGGCUUAGGGUAAGGGGGAGGGAUAAAAUAGUACUAUGUUAGACACAAACAGCUGACUGUCACCAAUGACCUCACAUACAGUAGGCCUACUAUUUUUAUGCAUUCACAACAUGGUUAAAUGAAUCAACUGUAGGUAGUUUGUCUAUCCAAGUCACCCUGCCUCUGUCUCUCUCUCCAUCCAGUGGAGUACUGCGUACAGUCCCUCCGUUCUCUCGUCCUCUGGUCCAGAGCGUACUGAAGGAGAUACUGAUCAGCAGAGGGAAGGAGGAGGAUGAGUCUGUUCAUUCCUUCGUGUCGAGAAGGCUGGGCACUGAGGUGAGAGAUAGCAUAUAUAUAUAUAUAUUUUUUUUUUAAAGACCCUCAAUGAUGUCCACACAACUUCCACAUCAGUUCAGAGUGACAGUAUGCUCCUCUUCUCUCUCUGCAGCUUGCAGACAUCGCCAUUGACAGCCUGUGCAGGGGAGUGUUUGCAGGGGACUGCAGGAAGCUGAGUGUGCGCUCUUGUCUCCCGCCCCUCUACAAUGCAGAGAAGGCCAGAGGUUCCAUCGUCCUGGGCAUGUUGCUGGGCUCAGGUGAGAGAGAGUCCACCACCAUACCGAAGCUACAUAGGACUUCUAAGAGUCUUAAAUGUCCCCAUAACAGUCGUAUUGCUGACCUGUCUAAUUUGAGUAAAUAAAUAACAAGUGUGACUGUCCCCCCAGGCCCUGGACCAGACGUACCCCCGUCUGACCUGGCCAAGAGGGCCGCUCAGGAGAACUGGGCCCAGUGGUCCCUGAAGAGGGGCUUACAGAACCUUCCAGAAGCCCUGGAGGAGAGGAUGAGGAAUGGGGGACGUGUAGAGGUGCACAGAGACACCCCUGUGAGGGGGCUAAGUACUAAUGGCACCGGCUGGGAGGUGAGACUGCUGCAGACCUGGGGGUUGGGACACACAUGUAUGUGUACUGGCAUUGUGGUGGUAUAUGUAUUUUUAAGUUAUUAAAUCCAGUAAAUGAAUCAACUGAUGUCUGUGCAAUUGAUUUUUAACACAGAUUCAACUGGAGGACGGCACCAUCAAAGCUGAUCAUGUCAUUGCUGCUCUACCCGCAAAAGGUAAAUUAACUUUUACUAAACUUGACCUCUGAACCUACAUCUUUUACCUUCAAACAGUGAUUCUAAAUUCAGUCCCUGCACUUCUGCCUUUGGACCUGGAAGCCUGUGUGGUGUUGGUCUUCAGCUGUGUGUGUGUGUGUGUUGUUUUAGCUCUGGCCUCAGCACUGCCCUCUGCAGCACAGCCCCUGUCACAGCAGCUACGGGAGAUUGCCACGGUGACCGUUGCCGUGGUAAACCUGGAGUACGAGGGUUCCAUCCUGCCUGUCACGGUGAGAACACUCAUUGAGAAUGAAGUGAUUUGUGUUGGAAGAUUCUCCGUUAUUUUCAGAAUGUGUGUGUGUGUGUGUGUAUCUAAUGUGAGUGUUGUCUUGCGUGGCCUCAGGGCUUUGGCCACCUGGUGCCAUCCUCAGAAGACAGAGGGCUCCUAGGGGUGGUCUACGACUCUGUAGCCUUCCCCCAGCACAACCGCACUGGAGGACCCACCACCAGACUAACAGUAAGAGACACACACAAUAUGUAUGUACUGUAUUCUCUCUCUCACUCACACACACAAUUACAUAAUGUGUGUGUCAUAGGCUAUGUUAAUAAUGCACAGCAUGGCAGGGACCAACCUUCCAUGUAUAAACCACAGUGGAACCCAUCAAGAUAAUCAGGGUUACGCUCAGUGUAAAUGAGGAUGGCAGAUCCCCAAGUCCCUUACGUUCACAGCAGCCUCAGCCUCAGUCAGGCCUAUGGGGUCAUGUCACAGGGAGGUGGUGGAGGGAGUUUUCUGUUUGGAAUACCCUGGUGUGGAAGACGUGUGACUAACUGCAAAUAGCCUCUGGUGCUAUGUGACUUGACUUCUACAACAAAUGUCACUACAUUAUUGAUGUUCCUCCUUGCCUUGUUAAGACAUUAUUUGUUUACUGGGCAGAUGCCUGUUUCUCUAGACACGUUAGUUUAUGCAAACAGCCAAACUGCCUGCCAAGGCAAAUAUGGGGCAGCCAUCCGUGGGACUACAUCUCAGUAGCCCUGAAUGAGGCUGUUGUGGAAUGUAGUUCCAUUUCUUCAGCCAUGGUCUUAUAGGUCCUUUAGGACAAAGGAUGUUUGAUGAUGAAUUUAUUAUUUAACUGGCUGGCAGACAGACAGUUCUCUAAAUCAGGGUUUCCCAAACUCAGUCCUGGGGCCUCCCCUGGGUGUACACUUUGGUUUUUGCCCUAGCAGUACACAGCUGAUUAAAAUAACCAACUCAUCAUCAAGCUUUGAUGAUUUGAAUCUGCUGUGUAGUGCUAGGGCAAAAACCAAAAUGUAGGACCGAGUUUAGGAAACCCUGCUCUAAAUGGUUGUGGUCAUGGCCUUACUGUGGACUGUCUGUGUUCCCUAGGUGAUGAUGGGCGGGGCCUGGUUCCAGGAAGUGUUUGGGAAUCCAGAGGAAGUGACAGAGCAGCUCCUCCUGGAGAGGGCCACUCAGGCCGUGACAUCACACCUGGGCGUUACCACACCACCUAUCUGGAGCGUCGUUGCACUACUCAAGGUAAGACGUGCGUGUGAGCGAGCAAACUGUUUCCGAUGUCUUUCAUUUGUGUUUCAAGAGACUUGAAUCAAAAGCCUCUUCUUGUUCAAUUUCAUUAAUUAACCACUAUGUGCCACCAGAGGUCCUCAUUGGGCCCUGUAUUCAGUUAGUAUUCGAACCAACCAACCAUGUAUUCAGUUGAGCUCCACUAUGUCAUAACUUAGCCCUGUCACAGGGGAGCAAGAGUGGAGCAAACAGAUCAACAAGCCUGUUGAUGAUCACUAUCUCAGCAGAUGGUAUGGCUCCUCUCUGUUAAUGUACUGGUCUUUCUCCCUCAUUCCCUCUAUGGAAGUGGAUAGGCAGGAUGGAGAGAGGCACUGGGUGGGUAUUAUAUCCUCUUCCCCUACUCCUAAACACACACCUUCACAGACACACACUACCCCAAGUCAGCUGCAUCAGUAUUCACAGUGCUGCAUCUCCCAGUUUCUAGCUCAAAUCCUGAUGUUUCCCUUGCACCAAGUCAUUCCCGCUGUUGUAUGCUCAAAGAUUUUCUUGUCAUUUAUUUCAUCAGCAAACAAGUCCUUUUCCAUUUGUGUUAUCUUUCUCUGCGCUCCCAUGUCAACCAACAACCAGGCAGCAGAGAUAGCAGGAAGUUUUGACUGAGACAAAUAGUUCAAUUUGAAUGGUAUGGUCUGUAUAGAUAGACUGACGUGAUAAUCACUUCCAAACUGACACUAGGUGAACAAAUGUUCUAUUUUUAAAUUUGUUGACAGUCUGGAUGGAUUCAUCAUUCACGGCUGUCUUCCAUAAAUUAGAGCUUGAGUGCCUGCUUUCCUGUCCAGUCACUCUUAGUUUUUAACGUCCUCUACCAUUUAUUUGUAGGCUGGUCCCAGGUCUGUAUCUGCUUAGCCAACUCCUUGUCAUUACGAAGAUGGUUAAGAGAUGGCUUAAGCUCAUACAGGUCUGGGAUCAGGACAGCUAAUAUAAUUGUCUUAAUAUGUCAUUUAUCUCCUCUAGAACUGCAUUCCUCAAUAUUACCUUGGACACUGGAAACGACUUGGUAAGAUGGGGACAGUCUUCAUUUAAUAGAUAUAGAUUUGACUUUUGCUAUUGUGCUGGGUAUCUCUGAUUAUGUGUGUUCUGUCUUAUCUCUGUGCCCUGUACUUAAAAAUAGGUUAACUUUUUUUAAAUAUAGAAAUCUACCGUAUAUCUGUUGAUUUGACCAUGUGUUUAUAUCAACAGAAAAUAUGAGACAAUACAUCAAAGACCACAAUCUAACCCUUAGUCUGGCCGGGUCCUCUUAUGAUGGCGUCUCGGUCAAUGAUGUAAUCUUCAGUGGACGGACGGCAGCAGAGGGCCUUGUGGGAAAAGUCUAACCGGAUGUUCAGGUUCCAACCAUGGAUAUAAGCUAUAUUGUGAAAGAGAUCUUGUUUUUUUCCUCAUCACAUUAGUUUUGGUUUUACUGUACAUACAACUUACUAGUCACCCUCUGCAUUUAAGCCUUCUGCAAAGGGAUGUCAUUUUCGCGCAAUAUUCCUGAUUUAUAAGCAGCAUAUUUAAGAAGUUUUCCAUUUCCAUCUCAUUUGGACAAAGCACAGCUUGAACCACCAGAGAUGAUUCUAUCAGAUACAAACCUCUGUCAGAGACAUCACCACUAGCCUGAAAAACACAGGUAACCCACAGAACAGUUCUCAUUGUAAUAAGAUCAUCUCGUUUUUGAAAUAGAGUGCUGGAUGAAAGUCAUAUGUACUCACUACGUAAAAUGUAACCACAAUCGGAACUGUUUUAGGGUGAUCUGUCCCUGUAAGCUUACUUCAAGGAUUUCAUUUUCAACGCAGUAGUUCAGAAUGUAGAGUAACAUUUUAAAUUCAGGAUGAGAUUUCAUAUUUUAGUUAUGGUGCCUUUUUGCUAACAGAAAUCACCACCCCUUCAUGAAUGUACAGGCAUAUUUGAUGUGGGAGACAUGUUAAAGAUGUGAUAAUCAGUGGUGUGUAUAUCCCUACUCCAUUGUGUCUGCUCAGGUGUUAUGAAGUAACCUCAUGUAAUGCAAUUGUCCUUUCCGGCCAUCUGUUUUUUACCCUAUCCUUUUUGUGAAUAUAGCAGACAAAAAUCCAUUAUUAUUAUGGUAAAGAAUGUGCUCAUAUGUUUCAUCACCAUGGUAACAGAACUGCACAGACUCUGAUGUGAUGAUCUCCAUAUGGUGAUCAAUCUUGUAUUUGGAAUCAAUCUAAUUUAUAGUUUAAGUACAGUGGCAAGGGGAUGGUUUGAUAAUGUAUUUUUAUACACAUGUUUAUUAAAUGAAACUUUAUUAUUUGGAGAAUGUUGCAGAGCAAUAAAUAUGAUGCUUUAUCA